CCCUAACCACGGCCGACGUGUUCGAUCAGUGGCUGACGGCUGACCCUUUUAUUUUUAGUCACACACAUCAUAUUCCCCCCAUUUUUUUUUAUUUUUUCCAUUAUUUUUUAUUUUUCAUUUCUCCCCACAAAAAAAAAAAAAAAAUUAUUCUUGGUUUUAUCCAUUUUGGGUUCGCCGACAACCGCCAAACCUCUGCAAAUUCAAAGCCCCCUCUCGCCGGAAUCCGUACAUUCUGAUCUCUCAUUCUGGACAGGUUAAAUUUGUGUAUAUAAUCUCCAUUGCUGGCGAAGAAUAGAGCUUUUUUUUAAGUCUCAAGAGUUGGAGUUGUACAAAUGUCAGAAGGCGACAUGGCGGUUAUUAAACCUAAGAUGUUGAAGUCUUAUAUCUGGCUUCAGACUACUGAUGGUUCAAUCCAACAAGUGGAGCAAGAGGUUGCCAUGUUUUGCCCAUUGAUAUGUCGAGAAGUUAUACAAAAAGGGAUGGGAUCUUCCAAGACCCAUGCGAUAUCUCUUCCAGAAAGAGUAAAUACUGCCAUGUUGAGCCUAAUUCUUGAUUACUGCAGGUUUCAUCAAGUACUGGGUCGCUCUAAUAAGGAAUGCAAGUCGUUUGAUGAAAAAUUUAUUCGAAUGGACACGCAGAGGCUCUGUGAGUUGACAUCAGCUGCUGAUAGCCUCCAGUUAAAGCCAUUGGUUGAUCUGACCAGUCGUGCUCUUGCGCGAAUAAUUGAAGGGAAAACGCCUGAGGAGAUACGUGAGAUAUUUCAUCUUCCCGAUGAUCUUACAGAGGAAGAGAAGUUGGAGCCAUUGAAAAAUGUGACUGAUGAUCCACGGAUACGGCUUUUGAAUCGACUGUAUGCAAGAAAGAGGAAAGAACUUAAGGAAAGAGAGAAAUUGAAGAAUACUGAGAAUGGAGAGCGAAAUGAUGACCGUUCAGUAGACGAUCUCUUGUCAUUCAUUAACGGAGAAAUUGGAGAUUCCAAAGAGAUCAAAUCAUCCAAGAAUAAAAAGAAGAAUCGUAGAAGAAAAGAUCAACAGAAAAAUAAUUGUCUAUAUGAGGCCAAUGGCAGCCAUGAGGAGCCGAAAAGUUUAAAGUUUGUUUGUCCCAGUGACGAAGUCAACAAAUUUAGGCCCAGUCCCAGUUUGACAUUAACGUUACAAGAUCUGGAACAUGACAGUCUGAAUGAUCAGCUUGAGUUUGUUGAUGGUGAUAUCGAUGAUGAGAUUGAUCCAGCUUUAAAAGCACAAAUUGAUAGGGAAGUUGAAGAUUUUGCUCGGAGGUUGAAUUCUGACUGGCCUCAAAGGAUGCAAGAAAUUCUAUCUUUGGGUCAAGAAAGGAGGCGGGCGCAAUUUUCCAUUAACGGAAAUGAUUCUUUAAGAAGAUACGCUUGAGCAAAUCCAGAGUGGAAAUGAUUAUCCCUCUGUCCGCCAAUGGCUGGAACAAUUUUGACCAAAUGCUAACAGGCUUCUAAGAGUUACUAUCAUUUACUUGGAUCCAAAUGUGAAAUUUUUUUUUCUGUUGUCGUUCUCUAGAAUUCAAUUCUUUUUUCUUUUGUUGGGGUAAGUAGGACACAGUUUUCGGGGGUAACUUUUGUACUUGGUACUUCUAGUGGGACAAAUAAAUUAUUACAGUAAUUUGUUGUCAUGAGCUAAAUUUUGCUCGGUUAUCACAAGCUUGUAUGAGAUUACAUUUGUUUCUUGCGCUUUUUAAGGAAUAAUGAAUAUAUCUCAUUUAA